GCCAAAGCCAUUCCGCCACGUGGAGAUGCCAGGUGCUCGAUUCUACAUUUCUACUUGUUGAAGUUUGCAAUUUAGAAGUUGCGAUCUUUCUUUCCGUCUCCUGCUUCACGGGGUGUUGGUUCUUCUUCCCUACAAUAUCUGCUGCUUUCUUAGCGUCGAAGAGUUCAUCCUCAGUUUUAUUCUAUCUAUUACUCGCUCAGCCAUUGUCACUUCCAAGAGUACUGUAGAAAUGGCAGUAGAAGGUGAUGUUUGGCAAGAUUUUGCUUCUUCAAUCACUUCCAACUCCAAGGAGCCUAGCCAGACAGGGGAUGCGCCAUCUCCAGAAGAUGUGGCAUGGGCAGAUUCUUGCCUGAUCAAAGAUCCUGAACUGUCAGAUAGUAAUUGGGAUUCUCUAAAAGAUGCCUUACUUGAUAUUCUUAGUUUUCAAGCUCACUCAUAUCAUGACAGUUCAGCUAACGAAAGUGAUGGGUAUCCACAAGAAAAUGAUUCUGAGAUGCUCCCGGUGAUUGAGGAGGCAGAAUCUGAAAAUUCUCCAAGAGAAAAUGAUAAUGAUGACCUUUUCCCCAUUGGUGAAGAGGCCGAAAGAGAACAAGUUCUGCUUGGCGCUAAAAAUGACUUUCUUCCUGACAGUGAAAGGGCUGAAGCUGCAUAUCGGGACUACUGGCUAAAUGAAGUUUUAUUUCCCAAAGAAAAUGGAGACGGUGGUAUUGGGGUUAACGUGAGUUCCUCUGAUGAUAUAGAUUCAACACCUAAUGACAUCUUCAGGGUCUGGAAUCUGGAUACACAAGUUGAAGAAGAUGAGCUUGUCAAAGAAUUGAAGAAGGCCCUAGCAGAGAAUUCGAUCCGAUCUAUGCCACUGAAUUUGGAUGAUGUUGGAACAGGCCCCCUCCGAGACACACCAGUCUCCCUGGAUGGUACAAGAAGAGAUACAACUCUAUACGAUUUGGGCACUGAAACAAAUGAGGAAGCAAUUGAUAAUCUAAUUGCUGGCAUUGCUGAUCUGUCUUUUCAUGAUUCUUCUACUUGAACUCUAGUUGAACAUUACGUUCACAGUUCACUCUGGCACCUUGAAUCUGUAUAUAUUUCGUGCUUCUUAUAUGACAUUUUUAUUUAUCAAAGUAUCAAUUUCUCCAAUUCUUUUACGUUUGGUAAA